AAUUAAUUGUAAUUGACUCAGUCGCACGGGCAGCGCUCAACAGCCAAGUCGGAUUUGGAUUUCAAGCAAUCGUGCUCUUAGUUCAUCCAGCCAAAGAAGAAACCACCACCACAUCCUCCUUCUCCUCCCAAUCCUCCUCGGCGACUAUGCGAGCCGGAGUCGCCUGUCUCCUGGUGCUCCUGGGCAUCUGCGGAGCCGCUCUGGCGGAUCUCACCUACCGCGGAAAUGCAGUGCAUCCAGACUAUCCUGGCCAGUGCUACUACGAGGAGCUCAACCAGGCCAUACCCAAGAAACAGUCCUACAAGCCCAUCAAUCGCGAGGGCUACUGCCAGUCCAUCUACUGCAGACCAGACUAUGUCCUCGAAAUUGGCUAUUGCGGUCGCCACAAUCUGGUGCCCACGGAGAAGUGCAGGAUCGCCUCGGAUAUGCGACGCACCUUUCCGGAAUGCUGUCCCAAGCUGGUGUGCCAGGAGUCCGAGAGCAACUACAUCUAGCUGGGAUCCCCUGUCUGCUUAGUAUUAUUAUAUAAACAUACUUGCGAGUAUUGUACAUUUUCUAUUUUGGCACAAUGUUUGUUAAAUAUUACUUGUAAGUUUAAUUGCGUAUUUAUGUUGAUAGGUUUAGUGUUCUAUGUUUUUUUGUUUUCUCACCGGAAAUAUAUAUAUACAUCUAUUUUUACAAAAACCGUAAAAGGGAAAUCAUUGUAUAUAUUUCAAGCCAAAAAAUAAGUUCGAUUUAAUUGAAGUAGUUAAUCCACAAAAUUUGUUGAUUUAAAAUCAGCCUAAAAUCGUAC